AUGUCCACUCCUGACCCCCCAAUGGGAGGGACACCUCGGCCCGGUCCUUCCCCAGGCCCAGGGCUAUCUCCAGGUGGUAUGAUGGGCCCAAGUCCUGGUCCUUCCCCUGGGUCAGCCCAUAGCAUGAUGGGACCCAGUCCAGGACCCCCUGGAUCUGGACAUCCACACCCUUCACAAGGACCCUCAGGAUAUCCUCAGGAAAACAUGCAUCAGAUGCACAAACCAAUGGAUGCAAUGCAUGAGAAAGGAAUGCCUGACGACCCUCGCUACAGUCAAAUGAAAGGCAUGGGCAUGAGACCAGGCGGGCACAGUGGGAUGGGGCCUCCUCCAAGUCCCAUGGACCAACAUUCCCAAGGUUACCCCUCUCCAUUAGGAGGUUCAGAGCAUGCUCCAAGCCCCGUCCCAGCGAAUGGUCCUCCGGCAGGGUCCAUGAUGCCUGGCGGUCCAUCUGGUCCAGGGGGUGUUCCAAUGGAAGCUACUGGAGACCCUAAUCAGGGAAUGGGACAGCCCAACCGGGGGGGGCCCACACCUUUCAACCAGAACCAGUUGCACCAACUCAGGGCUCAGAUUAUGGCCUACAAGAUGCUAGCACGCAGUCAGCCCUUACCGGAUCACCUGCAGAUGGCCGUGCAAGGGAAAAGGCCGAUGCCUGGGAUGCAACAACAACCCAUGCCCAACAUGCCCACUUCUGCAGGUCCUGUGGGUGGGCCAGGACCAGCUCAGGCCAAUUACAAUAGACCUCAUGGCAUGGUUGGUCCCAAUAUGCCGCCUCCUGGACCAGCGGGUGUUCCCCCAGGCAUGCAAGGCCAGCCUGCCAACGGACCUCCAAAAUCAUGGCCGGAAGGACCAAUGGUGAAUGCUGCUGCACCAUCAAAUCCUCCCCAGAAACUCAUUCCGCCUCAGCCUACUGGCAGACCCUCUCCUGCCCCUCCCUCUGUGCCACCAGCCGCCUCACCAGUAAUGCCCCCCCAGACACAAUCUCCAGGUCAGCCUGCACAACCCCCUCCAAUGAUGCUUCACCCGAAACAGAAUCGCAUAACGCCAAUCCAAAAGCCAAGAGGGUUGGACCCAGUGGAGAUCCUCCAGGAGAGGGAAUACAGGCUACAAGCCCGUAUUGCUCACCGUAUUCAGGAACUGGAGAACCUACCUGGCUCCCUUGCAGGUGGCCUACGAACCAAAGCAACCAUUGAACUCAAAGCCCUGAGGCUGCUGAACUUCCAGAGACAGCUACGCCAAGAGGUGGUGGUCUGCAUGCGUCGUGACACUGCUCUAGAAACUGCUCUAAAUGCCAAGGCCUACAAGCGCAGCAAGCGCCAGUCUCUUCGUGAAGCCCGUAUCACAGAAAAGCUUGAAAAACAACAGAAGAUUGAACAAGAACGCAAACGUCGACAGAAACACCAGGAAUACCUCAACAGCAUCUUGCAACAUGCCAAGGACUUUAAAGAGUACCAUCGCUCCAUCACAGCAAAGAUCCAGAAGGCUACCAAAGCAAUCGCCACCUACCAUGCAAACACUGAGCGUGAGCAGAAGAAAGAGAAUGAGCGCAUUGAAAAAGAGAGAAUGCGGAGGCUGAUGGCGGAAGAUGAGGAGGGCUAUCGUAAACUUAUUGACCAGAAGAAAGAUAAGCGACUGGCCUACCUCUUGCAGCAGACAGAUGAAUACGUGGCCAACCUCACAGAGCUGGUGCGAGCCCACAAAGCUGCACAGGCUCUCAAGGAAAAGAAAAAGAAGAAGAAAAAGAAGAAGCCAGAGGCUGCUGAGGGUGGUGCUGCUGCUCUUGGACCUGAUGGAGAGCCAUUGGAUGAGACCAGUCAAAUGAGUGACCUCCCAGUGAAGGUUAUCCAUGUCGACAGCGGGAAAAUUCUGACUGGUGUUGAUGCACCUAAGGCGGGUCAGCUGGAGACUUGGCUUGAAAUGAACCCAGGGUAUGAAGUUGCACCACGUUCGGACAGUGAAGACAGUGGCUCAGAAGAGGAGGAGGAAGAGGAGGAGGAUGAGAAACCUCAUGCUUCUGCAGCUCAGAACGAGGAGAAAAAGAAGAUCCCAGACCCUGACAGUGAAGACGUUUCUGAAGUGGACGUUAGGCACAUCAUUGAGCAUGCAAAGCAGGAUGUGGAUGAUGAGUACGGAAGUGCAUCUUUCAAUCGAGGACUUCAGUCCUACUACGCUGUGGCUCAUGCUGUCACUGAGAAAGUGGACAGGCAAUCUACAUUGUUAGUCAACGGUCAGCUCAAACAAUACCAGAUUAAAGGGCUAGAGUGGCUGGUGUCACUUUACAAUAACAACUUAAAUGGCAUCCUGGCUGAUGAGAUGGGUCUGGGAAAAACUAUCCAGACCAUCGCCCUGAUCACCUACCUCAUGGAAUACAAGCGCAUCAAUGGGCCUUUCCUCAUCAUUGUACCACUCUCAACUCUGUCAAACUGGGUGUAUGAGUUUGAUAAGUGGGCACCAUCUGUUGUAAAGGUCUCCUAUAAGGGCUCUCCAGCUGCUCGUCGAGCAUUCGUUCCCAUCCUGCGCAGUGGCAAAUUUAACGUGCUACUCACAACGUACGAGUAUAUCAUCAAAGACAAACAGGUGCUAGCUAAGCUUCGUUGGAAGUAUAUGAUUGUAGACGAGGGCCACCGUAUGAAGAAUCACCAUUGUAAGCUGACCCAGGUGUUGAACACGCACUACCUGGCCCCACGGCGUCUGCUGCUCACUGGAACUCCCCUCCAGAAUAAGCUCCCUGAGCUCUGGGCAUUGCUUAACUUUCUCCUGCCCACCAUUUUCAAGAGCUGCAGCACCUUCGAGCAAUGGUUCAACGCCCCGUUCGCCAUGACUGGAGAGAAAGUUGACCUCAAUGAAGAAGAGACCAUUCUUAUCAUUCGACGUCUUCACAAGGUGCUGCGGCCUUUCUUACUACGCCGGCUCAAGAAGGAGGUUGAGGCCCAGCUUCCAGAGAAGGUGGAGUAUGUGAUUAAAUGUGACAUGUCAGCGCUUCAGAGAGUGUUGUACAGACACAUGCAAGCAAAGGGAGUGUUGCUCACAGAUGGGUCAGAGAAAGAUAAGAAGGGUAAAGGUGGCACAAAGACUCUGAUGAACACUAUCAUGCAGCUCAGGAAGAUUUGUAAUCAUCCUUACAUGUUCCAACAUAUUGAGGAGUCUUUCUCUGAGCAUCUGGGUUAUUCUGGAGGAAUAGUGACUGGUGCUGACUUGUACCGUUCCUCUGGGAAAUUUGAGCUCUUGGAUCGUAUUUUGCCCAAGUUGAGGGCCACCAACCACAAAGUGCUGCUCUUUUGUCAGAUGACCUCUCUCAUGACCAUCAUGGAAGACUACUUUGCCUAUCGGAACUUCAAGUACUUACGUCUUGAUGGAACCACAAAGGCAGAGGAUAGAGGGAUGCUGUUGAAAACUUUCAAUGACCCAGCUUCUGAGUACUUUGUAUUUUUGCUCAGUACUCGAGCAGGAGGCUUGGGUCUCAACCUGCAAUCUGCUGACACCGUUGUGAUCUUUGACAGUGACUGGAACCCACAUCAGGACCUGCAAGCUCAGGACAGGGCCCAUCGUAUCGGUCAGCAGAAUGAGGUGCGCGUCCUUCGCCUCUGUACUGUCAACAGUGUGGAGGAGAAGAUUCUGGCUGCAGCCAAGUACAAACUGAAUGUGGACCAGAAAGUCAUCCAGGCGGGCAUGUUUGACCAGAAGUCAUCAGGCUGUGAGCGACGGGCCUUCUUACAGGCCAUUCUGGAGCACGAGGAACAGGACGAGGUCGGGGCUCGUGGUGGCUGCCGCACUAGGGGGGCGUGGGUGGGUGUGAUCAAGACACAUUGCCCACCCACCCACAUCUGCCUGUGUGCACCACCUCUGCAGGAAGAAGACGAAGUGCCUGAUGAUGAGACAGUCAAUCAGAUGAUAGCCAGAAGUGAAGAAGAGUUUGAACAGUUCAUGCGCAUGGAUCUCGACAGACGUCGCGAGGAUGCCCGCAACCCCAAGAGAAAACCUCGUCUCAUGGAGGAGGACGAUCUUCCUGGUUGGAUUUUAAAAGAUGACGCUGAGGUUGAGAGACUUACCUGUGAAGAAGAAGAGGAAAAGAUGUUUGGCCGAGGAUCCCGUCAGCGUAAGGAGGUGGAUUACAGCGACUCCCUCACUGAGAAACAGUGGUUGAAGGCCAUAGAGGAGGGCAAUCUGGAAGACAUUGAGGAGGAAGUGCGACACAAAAAGACAACCAGAAAGCGCAAGCGAGACCGCGACCAUGACGGCCCUGUUACACCCAGCUCCAGCGGCGGGCGAGGACGCGACAAGGAUGAGGAAGUGAAGAAAGCAAAGAAACGUGGUCGCCCACCUGCUGAGAAACUCUCGCCUAACCCUGCGUCCCUCACUAAAAAGAUGAAGAAGAUAGUUGACGCUGUUAUCAAAUACAAGGACGGUAGCAAUGGACGACAACUGAGUGAGGUCUUCAUCCAGCUUCCUUCCCGCAAGGAGCUGCCGGAGUACUAUGAGCUCAUUCGCAAACCAGUCGACUUCAGAAAGAUCAAGGAGAGGAUCCGCAGCCACAAGUAUCGCAGCUUGAAUGACCUUGAAAAAGAUGUCAUGCAGCUGUGUCAGAAUGCUCAGACUUUCAACCUCGAGGGAUCUCUGAUCUAUGAAGACUCAAUCGUGCUUCAGUCGGUCUUUACCAGUGUGAGACAGAAGAUUGAGAAGGAGGAGGACAGUGAAGGAGAGGAGAGCGAAGAAGAAGAGGAAGAGCUUGAUGAAGGUUCAGAGUCUGAAUCCCGAUCUGUGAAGGUGAAGAUUAAACUGAGCCGGAAAGAAAAGGGGGAGCGAGGAGGAAAAGGACAGCGGCGGAGGGGCCGCGGGGUCCGGGCGAAACCUGUUGUGAGUGACGACGACAGCGAGGAUGAACAGGAAGAGGAACAUUCAGCCAGCGGCAGUGAAGAGGACUGA